CCCAAUAAUUAAUUAGUACGAAUAGUAAUACCACUAAUGAUAAAUGGCGACGUUAAGAGCAGAAAGUGAGGAAAGUGGAGGGAAACAACAAGAAAAAUCUUUCGUGGAUCAUUGCCGUUCUCAGAACAAAUUGAGUGGUGGUGAACUGUCGAACGCUAAACCACUGUGGACGUGUCCCUCAAGCUCAACCCAAGACACAGAAGAAAAGUGCUUCCACCUCUCCAUCACCAAUCUUCACUCACUCCUUCUUCCACCCUUCCCUCCAUUGCCAACUGCUGCUCCUAGCUGAGCUUAGCUUAGCUGAUGGACGGCGCCAUGGCGCUAUCUUCAUCCUCAUCAUCUCUUAUCCACCCAUUCCUCUCCCGCACCAGACCCACUACCACCAAUCUCUCGCCUCCUCCUCCUCCAAUGGCCGCCGCGAUCGCCACCAACAACUCCGGCAAGUCCCACUUCCCCACCCAGCUCAACUUCCGCCGCAGCCGCCGUGGCAACUGCCAUGCAGUCACCACCUCACAUCCUUCUGCAAUUGACCAAAAUUCCGACGACGACGGAGUGCUAUUCGGGGAUCCGUCCAUCGAAGAGAGACGGAGCGAGGAGAGAGUGGCGGUGGCGGAUUACGACUGGACGGAGGAAUGGUACCCGCUUUACCUCGCCGGGGAGGUCCCCGACGACGCUCCGUUGGGGCUCACUGUUUUCGAUAAGCAGGUUGUGGUGUACAGAGACGGAGACGGCCAGUUCCGAUGUUACGAAGAUCGAUGCCCACACAGAUUGGCGAAGCUCUCAGAAGGGCAGAUUACGGAUGGGAAGCUGGAGUGUCUGUAUCACGGAUGGCAAUUCGAAGGGGAAGAAGGCAAAUGCGUGAAGAUACCUCAGCUACCUGCAGAGAGCAAGAUCCCCAAAUCGGCCUGCGUCAGAUCGUACGAGAUCAGAGACUCCCAAGGGAUCUUGUGGGUGUGGAUGUCGACGAAAACGCCGCCGAACAUGAAGAAGCUGCCUUGGUUCGAAUCGGUGGCGAAACCAGGGUACGAGGCGAUUUCGACAAUCCACGAGCUUCCUUACGAUCACUCCAUUCUGCUGGAGAACUUGAUGGACCCUGCCCAUAUCCCGAUCUCCCAUGACCGGACUGACACCUCUGCUAAAAGGGAGGAGGCUCAGCCGCUUCUGUUCGAGGUUACUGAGCGGUCUGAUCGAGGGUUUGCAGGGCACUGGGGGAGGGAAGCAGAUGGGCUGACGAGCUUCCUGCGGUUUCAAGCUCCUUGUGUCCUGUCAAAUGUAAGAGAAUUUACGGGUGAGAAUGGGGAGAAACAUUAUGGAACUGGAUUGUUUCUCUGUAGACCGGCGGGGCAAGGGAAGUCGAUGGUCAUCGUUCAGUUCGGCUCGACCAGAGGUUUGAAACUGGCGAAAUGGAUACCCAAAUGGUUCAUACACAAGGUCUCCUGCAAGAUAUUCGAACAGGACAUGGGGUUUCUGUCGUCGCAGAAUGAAGUUCUGAUGAAGGAAAAAGUUCCCACCAAGAAGCUCUACAUAAACUUGAGAUCUUCGGAUACAUGGGUGCUCGAGUACCGGAAAUGGAUGGAUAAAGUCGGGCAUGGAAUGCCUUACCAUUUAGGGCACAGCACGAUUUCUCUGCCGCAACUCCCUGCUGUUGUGGAACAAGCGCCAGCCGGCUUUGUAGCUGCCGCAGCUGCUUCUCCGCCGGCGAAGGGAGGGAUCAUGGAGAUGCACGCACCGAACCUGACGAAUCGGUACUUCAGGCAUGUCGUCCACUGCAAGGAAUGCUUGGGUGCUUUCAGGACUUUCAAUGCUGCGAGGAAUCUGCUCACUGGUGCAGCUCUUGCUCUAGUGGCGUUGGCUAUUCUGGCGUCUCAACGGCAGUGGAAGGCCUUUCUGUUGGUGUCUGCAGGACUAUGUUUGGCCGGAACGCACUUCACUUCCACAGUUAUUGCUACCAAGACAACAAAUUUCAUUAGAGACCACAGGAGAUAGUGACAGACUGAUAGUGAGUUUUUGUGUUAAUGCCACUUUUGAAUUGAACAUCAUGUACGAUAAAUUUUCUGUCACAUUUUGGGUAGAAGAUAUGUGAACCAAACAAAGCCAUGUUUAAAACUUGAGCCACUUCUUCUCCUUCUCUUUGCUAACCACGGCAUUGGUGGCUGAAGCAUGAGUAGCCUCGGCAUCUUCCAAAGCUUUCGAGCUUCCUUUUAACUUCCUCAUGGCAGCUUCGUAGACUAACUUCUCCUUCUUGUUUCUAAUCAGCCUUUCGACACAAAUUCACAACUCCUUCACCUCAUCUUCAUAAGCUAACAGAGGUCCAGAGCCCGCCUGCCCACUUUCCUCUCGCCCGAACUGGUUUUUUGCUGCUUCUUGGCUGCCGACCCAUCACUCACAGCUAGUUGGUCCUUGAUGAAACUAUACAUAUCUGGACGAGUUUCUUCAUCUUCCUUAGUUCCUUUGCAGAUUUGGCUGCUCUAACUGGCGCAGCAAACUUCUUAUCACGUUUUCUCCUCCCACCUCUGCUCCGCUUUUUUGCUUGCUUUUCAUUGCCGGCCUCUUCACGUUUCUGAGAUUCCAGAACAUGUUCAUGUUCGAGAGAUUGCUUAUCUGGAAGGACCUUCACGGGCAUUGGAUUCACCAUUCCCUGCCCUGAUGCUUCUAAACCCAGUCCUUCACAAUACCCCAUAUUUGCCAUCAUCUUGGAAGCUAUGCCCCUAGUGUGAUUCUCCCACUUGGCAAAUAUGGCGGUCUCGGUUUGAAUGCCUCUUUGCUGGUUGAUGCUUCCAAGAAAUCCUAGACCUUCGGCGCUUUCUUCUUGUUCAUAAUCACUGGACUCCGAUUGUUCUGCACUUGUAUCAUCACUAUCUUCUUCCUAGCUCGCUAGUGCAUACUGAAAUAGGGAUAUAGCUUCAGGAUCAAGCCUAGCAGAGCUCCCAUCAUCACACUAUCUUCUUCCUCCUCCAGUGAUUCCACUCCACCAUCCGUAAUGGCGUCAAUGUCGAUACGCUCUACAUUGGAGCUCGGAAGUGCAGCUGCCACGUCCAAUUCCUUCAACAACCGUGCGCGUUUCAGGUGAAGAAGCCCAUCCUCCGCAUCUUUGAUCAACCGCACUAUCUCCUCCUGAACCUGAUCAAACCCCGAAUGCAGAAACCGACUCAACCUCCAUUCAAGAAGGGUAUGAUUGCAAAACACAGAGCCAUAUCUAUCCGCCUGAAGCUCGACAUGAAACCCUCAAACGAUCGGAUUGAUUCGGGUUCUGCGAUGGAAAUCAGAACGGAAGGUAGGGUAGAGAAGAAGAUUCUUACGGAGCGAAGUUCGGGAUUGGAAGGAUCAGAAGCAAGUGCUUCGUUGAGAGCGGCGACGGAGUCUCUCAGCUCUUUCUUCUUCGCUCGCCAUCUCCUCUUUCUCCCAAAUUCUCUGUUUCACU